GUGGUGGCAGGUAGCUUUUUUAAGCUUUUACCUUCAGUAGCUCCAGUGAUAGAAGCUACCCUACCUUUUGCCUCUAGCUAGCUACCCAGGCAGCUAACUACAUCAUCUUCUCACCAAAAUAAUCAAUAAUGUAAUUGUGGCAGCUUACAAUCUUACCACCACCACCAUUACCAUUACACCUAUCUCACAGCUUACCACGUUCUUGGCACGCGAGCCCAUCAUCAACAAGCUCAAUUCCCCAACCGAGAUACCAACCUUUUCCAUCUCAUCUGUGUGCACUCAUAGUGCUACAUUUUAAUACCGAUCUCCCUUUUAUUUCCGGGGAAUCCCUACCUCCUUGACUAAACACCACUCAGGUGAUCUUAAGAGUUCUUUUUUACCUAGAGUACAAACAAGCAAACAAUCACAGAAAAAAAAGAUGCGAACUAGAAAACAGACCCGCGCGGAGGCUGCGGAAGAAAGCACCGAUAUAACACCACCACCGACAACUUCGUCAUCAUCGCCUUUUACGGUUGUGACUAUCACCAAGAAUGAAGGCCCUAUAGUAUCGCUUUCGCGAAAACGCGGCGGUGAUGGUGCUAGUAGUGGCGGUCUUGGUGCUUUCGGUGAAGUCCGAUCUAAACUUCCACCGCCGAUUCAAUUCCCCCUCGUCGCGGUUCUGAGCUUGUCACUCGCGACGUUGGGAUAUUCCUUAACCUGGCGAUAUUCGAAGGCUCCGCUGGUACCUCAUGCGAGGAUAUUGAGUACUUGGACCGAUUUUGGGACGUUGGUGGGUUGGAGAAUAUUUGAGCUCGCGUUGGCAUGGUACGGCAAUUAUGAUGGCUACGAUAUUACCGCGCUGAAUAUUUUGUCGAACGGCCCUCUCCUCUACCUUCUAUACUCAUUCUACAGCUCGCCCCCUAGUGCGCUCCUCCUAACUCUCACUAUCGAGACACUCGCGACAUAUAUUCCCUUCCGUCUUCUUCGCCCACUCUCCGUCGCACACGCCGACCCUAGUCAUGCCCCCAACGCCGAGAUCACCACCGACCGACCCAUCGCGCUACUCACCACGCUCCUCGCGGGCGCUAUCUACAGCGUGUCCCUAUUCUUCGCGUACGCGACAUACCUACCCAACUACCUCGUCGUAUACUUCGCAAACCUACCAUCCAUCGAAGCCGCACACGCAGUCACAUACAUCAACUUCCUCCCCGUAACCCUAGUCCUCGGGUUCGCAGCACGCGCGUUUAUAUUCGCACCCCCCGCAGUCCCAACUUCCGAAGGGCCUCACCACAAUAUCAAGACAGAAAAAGAAGGUUACGAAAAUGGAAGCGCGGAGGUAGUUAAAUUCGACCCUGUCAAAGCGACCCUGGCUGAAACAAUCCGUUGGAAUUUCUGGGGUUGGAGUGCGCAGACUAAGGUUGUUAUUCGCCGCUCCGCAUUGUUAUGCUUUGUUGCGGGUGUGGAUACGUAUUUGCAGACGCGUCUUACUAUUGAUGGUGUUGAGUCGGCGGGUGCGGUUGCGUGGAGUAGUGUUUGGGUGCUGGCUGCGGCGGUGACGGGGUUGGCGUUGGGUGUUGUGGGGAGUGUGUAGGGUGAUUGGCGUUGCUAGGGGGUGUAGUGAUGGUGAGAUGAUAGUUGAGAUGAAGUACGCUCGUCUUCAUCAAUCAGCAGGGUCAGUGAUACGAUAAAUAGUAAAAUUGCAGGAAAACAUGAAGUGAG